AAGCUGGGUGGGGACUAGUCCCUGGGCUGCAGGCGCGGCUGCUACACAUACACACAGCGGCUGCCGCUCCGUGGGCAGCUCCUACUACUGCUGGGCUGGGUUGGGCUGCGCGGGGCGGGCUGCGCCGGAGCUCGCCUGCACACAGCCGCGCGGAGGGAGGAGAAAAGACACUCUUCUCUGGCCAGCCUCGGGAGCCAAGCCAGAUCUGCCAGUGAGCCUCCGGCUUUGGAAAUUGAAGAGUGUGUCUGAAAAACCCACCCAGCACUCCAAUGGCCAGCAACAACACCGCCAGCAUAGCACAAGCCAGGAAACUGGUAGAACAGCUGAAGAUGGAAGCCAACAUCGACAGGAUAAAGGUGUCCAAGGCAGCUGCAGACUUGAUGGCUUACUGUGAAGCGCAUGCCAAGGAAGAUCCCCUCCUGACGCCUGUUCCGGCUUCAGAGAACCCAUUUAGGGAGAAGAAGUUUUUCUGUGCUAUCCUUUAAGUCUUCGAGUGGGGCCUGAGGAGCCUCGGGGCUCCAGGGACACUGAUGUAGAGUUUUUAGCAAAGUGGGCGCCUUUCUAGUCCACAGCAUUUAAAGAGAGGGAGGAGAACCAUCCUGGAAACUCCAGGCUAUGCAUGUUUAAAGAAGUUGAUCCACACCCCGAGUUAAGAGAUCUGAUGUCUGCAGAGCUGCCUGGAGGAGGGGAAUGUGUAAAGAUAAAAUCGGUGUCAUUUCUUUCCCGCUCCCUCCCCAAACCUUAUGUUCCUGCUUCAUAUUUAAAAAAAAAUAAAAAUUAAAACAGACAGCUGUACUGAGCUAAGAUAUGUAUGACCUUGGAAUGAAUAUUGCCUUUAGAAUACCCUCUGACAAGCUGAGUCGUCCAGUGUCGCCGCGGUUCGGUGUAAUGGCAUUGAUGUUUUGUCGUUGUGCCUUUUUCUUUUUCCCUUCUCUCCUGCCCCUCCUUCCAUCCCCCACCCCCAUUAGAGUAGUGAAGGGAUAAGGCUGGACUUGUGUGUAAAACUGAACUCCAAGGAUGAUCACCCAAAGGGUUUAGGGAGAUGUUCCCCGUGGUUUAUCCUCAUUGUAAUAAUAACAGCAAAUGCCGGUUGUCUGUGUUCUUUUAUCACUAUUCCUAACAUUUGUACAUGAUAGCUUUGAUUCUGCAAGUAAAAGUAAAUCCUGUGUUGUGACUGGUGCUUUCAUAUAUUUGUGACAGUUUUUGAGUAAUACUGCAUGAAAAUGUCCCUAUGUUACAUCCAUUCAGAAGUUUCGUUGUUUUACUAUAAAGUUUGGAAAAGGAAUGAGAGACAUGAAGCUCGGGAGGAAAACACUCAGUAUCUUGGAAAUUGAGGUUACUUCAGAGCCUUAGCCUUGCCUAAAAUACCUCCGAGUUAACGGUUGAGUCAACGGUGGCCUCCUCGAUGUAUCUUCCAGCAUCCAAAGCAUUUUGAUUUUAUUCAGGACCCAGGGCAGCCCAGGUAACGCCAAGCAGCAGAGGCAAGGAUUCACCCUUAGUUGGGAAAUGCUUUUGUCGCAGAGUAAGAGCAAAUUCGUUUUCCCUGAAUCACAGAAAUUAUAGACUGAGGGAAGGCUUUGUGUGCUCUUCUUAGCGAGAAAGAAACGUGGCCCUCAUUCGUUGAAGUAGCAGGAGAAAUAUCCGAACGACUCCAGACUAGCCCCUACUCUCAGUAUCCCGGCUAUUCACCCACCAGGGAGAAGGGGGCAGGUGCCGCCCCGCAGCAGCUCCACCACGAAGGGUUCUAGUUUUGUUUUUGCCCCUGAGAUGGCCUUUGGUUUUCACUGAACAAAAGUUUUAGUAGAACCUUUGCUUUGUUUUUCUCCGCUUUAUUAGAGUCGCUCUGUCUUUAUUUACAACGCCCUUGCAACUUGAGUUCUCUCUCCCCAAGAGAUGAUGUUGAAAGUGACAUUUCUUUGUGGCUCUUUCCUCCACCGGUAAUGGGAGGCCCUGGAAGUCCUUCUCACUUUUUUCUGUGUCAUUCCUAGGCAAAUGAGGGCUCUUUUACAGCUCCUUGUUUGCUUCGAAAUCCCAAAAGUCCAUUUCUGAAUUAAUUUUAUUCUCUUUCCAUUCUCUUCCUCCCAUUAAAAAAAAAAAAAAGGUGGAAAGGAAGGGAAAAAGGCUUAAUAUGCCAAGGACAGAUCUUGAAACAGACUUGAUUAAUAUUUUCCUUAGCUCCUUGUAUGAGCAUAAUGGUAAAAGAAUCAAUACAUCCAAUUAAAACUCAUGCCUAGGGAGACACUGUGAAAUGUAUGAAUGCACUUCUGUAACCAGAUACUUCUGUUCAAACCUUGGGAUUUUGUUACAGUCAUGGGACACUGAUGAAGAUUUAGAGGGGAAAAAACCUUGGCAGAGUAUUAAACUACGGUAUUGUACCAUUGGCUUAGUAAUACUGUGGAAUCAGUUAAAACCCAACCACGUUUUUCAAAUGAGCCAAAAUAUGAAUGGAGUAUGUGGUCACAUAAAAACAACUGUGAAUAAAGCACCCUUUGGUGGUGAUGAAGGCAUUAUUAUAAGACCCUGAUGCUUUUCAUAAUCCAUAAUCCAUUUAUUUUUCUCAGAAGGCCUCUUUGUAUUUUCAUGUAAAUCUAGAUGUUUGGAGCAAUUAAAAUGGCAUUAAAACUUUUAAGAAUACAACUCUGGUAAUUAAAAGUUAAGGAAGUUCCAAAUUGCAUUUGACCUUGUUUAUCAAAGGGGAAAGAAGGCAGAAAAUACACAGCCAUCAGAUAUUAAGUUUAAGAAAAAUGUGUUAGCUUUUUCAUAAUUUCAUGUCCUACUUUAUGGAAUUAUAAUGCCAGAGUUUUUAUAUGAGAUUUGACUUACUGGUAGUUUUACUUGUUAAGAGGGAAAUAACUUUUUGAUGACUUAUGCCUCUAAAGAGUUUUAAUUCUUUUAGAAAUUUUACAAUCAUUUUCACCAGCAUAAUCUUAUCUUAAAGGUUAACCAAUAGGAAAACUUAGCUCAAUCAUUCAAGGCCCUAAUUUAUGUAUGUAAUAUAUUGGAUAGUAAUGAAAAUCUGCCAUGGAACUCAUUAAACAGUAGUAAUAACCAUUGUAUUUAUAAUGCAAACUCUGUUAAGAAAAAAAACAGUCUUCAUCAUCCUCAAUAUUAAAUCUGCUUUCUUUUUUUUCUUUCUAUUUUAAAUCAAGUGCUAUUUAAUUUAAGCCAGAGGUUGUGAAUCAGUACUUUGAACUGAGGCUAAUUUUGCUAAUAAUAUUUGAAAGAGAUUGCUUACCAAGGAAAAAUUAAAAACUAUUUCUCCAUACUCUCCUAUUCUCAGAAGGAAUUUUGAGAAACCAAGCAUGCUGUCUUAGGGGAUUUUGUACUUUUUUUUUUAAUAUUUGCUUCUAGCUGCUCCUGGCAAUGGUGAAUUGUUACAUAUACAUUAAUGUUUUCCCAGCUCGAGAAUUGUUCCCAUUUUUCCUAUUUGAGAUCUAUGGAGUGUGUCUUUCAAAGAGAAGGGAAUACAGAAAUGUUAAAGCAGAAGAACCUGAAUGUGAUGUGUACAUUUUCAUCCCAUGUGGACAAUGUAUUUGUUUUAAUAAAUGGAAUUUUCAGAUUCA